CGAUGACGCAAUGACGUCGCACCGACCGGAAGAGGAACGUUUGCGGUUAUCUAUGGACGCCUUUCAUCGCCUUUUUUUUGUAUUUUUUCGUAAACUUCUCGCUCCAGCCGGCCAAUAAUUCACUUUUACGGUGUAUUUUCUUUUCAAAGGGACAACACACGUCACAGUUUGUCGUCAUGACAGAGGACCGGCUCCUUUAGGUACACGUCUCCAGGUGUGGGCGGGACCUAAGUAAAAGGCGAGCAGCGCCAUGAGGUGACAGCGUGUGCUUUGCGCCUCUGUGGACACAUGGCAAGGAUCACUUUGUGGUGUCUGCCGGCGUCCUGGUACUGCAGCGUGGCCCCCAGGCAGAAGCUGCUCCUCAUCCUGGCCACGUCUGCCCUGCUGCUCCUGGGGUCCUACCAGAAGCAUCUGUGGGGCCUCCAGAGGCCACACGGGGCCCGAGUCAGCAAGUACCUGUCCAGCGUGGAGUCCAUGGAGGCCACGGACGUCCUGGACUCCGCCCUCAACUACGGCGUGGUGGUGGACUGCGGCAGCAGCGGCUCCCGCGUCUUCGUCUACUAUUGGCCGCCGCACAACGGCAACGCCCACACGCUGCUGGACAUCCGCCAGAUGAGGGACCUCGACCGAAAACCCGUCGUCAAGAAGAUCAAACCAGGAAUCUCCACGCUGGCGCCGGCGCCCACGCAGGCCAGCGACUAUCUGCAUCCUCUGCUGAGCUUCGCCGCCGCCCACGUGCCACGGAGCAAGCACAAGGAGACGCCGCUCUACAUCCUGUGCACGGCGGGCAUGAGGCUGCUCCCCGACAGCCGGCAGGCGGCCAUCUUGGAGGACCUGGUCACCGACGUGCCGCUGGACUUUGACUUCCUGUUCUCCCGCUCGCACGCCGAGGUCAUCUCGGGGAAGCAGGAAGGCGUCUACGCUUGGAUCGGCAUCAACUUCGUGCUGGGACGCUUUGACCACGCCGAGGAGGGCGAGGACGCCACGGUGGAGGUGACCACCGGCUCGCAGCACCAGCGGCCAAUCAGCCGGCGCCGCACGGUGGGCAUCAUGGACAUGGGCGGGGCCUCGUUACAGAUCGCCUACGAGGUGCCCAGCGCCCUCAGCUUCAACUCCCCGCAGGAGGAGGAGGCGGGUAAGAGCGUGCUGGCGGAGUUCAACCUGGGCUGCGACGUGGAGCACACCCAGCACGUGUACCGGGUCUACGUCACCACCUUCCUGGGCUUCGGAGGCAACAUGGCCCGCCAGCGCUACGAGGACCACCUGAUCAACACCAGGUUUCUAAGCACUCAGACGGGCGCGACGGAGGACGCCCCCUACCUGGACCCCUGCCUGCCCUCGGCCUUGUCGGAGCGGGUGGUCCGGGACAACCGCACGCUGCACCUGCGGGGUCAGGGCGACUGGGCCCGCUGUCUGGGCGCCGUCAGACCCUUCCUGGGCCUACACAACGCCACCAUGUCGGCGGCGGGGGGCGUGUACCAGGCGCCCAUCAACUUCAGCAACAGCGAGUUCUACGGCUUCUCCGAGUUCUAUUACUGCAUGGAGGACGUGCUGCGCAUGGGCGGACAUUACGACAGCGCCAGAUACUCCCGCGCCGCCACCGACUUCUGCGCCACCAAGUGGUCGACGCUGAAACGACGUCUGGACGACAAGCUCUUCUCCCAGCAGGCGGACAUCAACAGACUCAAGUCUCAGUGCUUCAAGUCGGCCUGGAUGUACCAGGUGCUGCACGCCGGAUUCCGCUUCCCCGCCGACUACCGCAGUCUGAGGACUGCCCAGCUGGUCUACGACAAGGAGGUGCAGUGGACUCUGGGCGCCAUCUUGUUCAAGACCCGCUUCCUGCCUCUCAGAGAUCUCCAGCAGGAGGCGCUGCGCCAGAACCAUCCCAGCUGGCUGCGCUCCUCCUUCCUGUACAACCACCACCUCUUGUCCCUCUGCAUCCUGGUGGUGCUGCUCGCCAUCCUGCUCUACAUCCUGCGCCUGCGACGCAUACACCAGCGUGAGCAGCGGCAGAUCGACGCCCUCGACCUCCUCUGGGCCGAGGAGGGCGAGACGCUCCUGCCUUGAGGACGCCAACGCAAGGACUUUGACGACACCGAUUGUGACGUCAUCUACUAGUGAUGGUGACACUGAUGACGUCAUCUACUAGUGAUGGUGACACUGAUGACGUCAUCUACUAGUGAUGGUGACACUGAUGACGUCAUCUACUAGUGAUGGUGACACUGAUGACGUCAUCUACUAGUGAUGGUGACACUGAUGACGUCAUCUACUAGUGAUGGUGACACUGAUGACGUCAUCUAUUAGUGACGGUGACACUGAUGACGUCAUCUAAUAGUGACGGUGACACUGAUGACAUCAUCUAUUAGUGACGGUGACACUGAUGACAUCUAUUAGUGAUGGUGACACUGAUGACGUCAUCUAUUAGUGACGGUGACACUGAUGAUGUCAUCUAUUAGUGACGGUGACACUGAUGACAUCAUCUACUAGUGACGGUGACACUGAUGACAUCAUCUACUAGUGACGGUGACACUGAUGACGUCAUCUAAUAGUGAUGGUGACACUGAUGACGUCAUCUAAUAGUGACGGUGACACUGAUGACAUCAUCUACUAGUGAUGGUGACACUGAUGACAUCUAUUAGUGACGGUGACACUCAUGACAUCAUCUAAUAGGAAUGGUGACACCGAUGACAUCAUCUACUAGUGAUGGUGACACUGAUGACGUCAUCUACUAGUGAUGGUGACACUGAUGACGUCAUCUACUAGUGAUGGUGACACUGAUGACGUCAUCUACUAGUGAUGGUGACACUGAUGACGUCAUCUACUAGUGAUGGUGACACUGAUGACGUCAUCUACUAGUGAUGGUGACACUGAUGACGUCAUCUACUAGUGAUGGUGACACUGAUGACGUCAUCUAUUAGUGACGGUGACACUGAUGACGUCAUCUAAUAGUGACGGUGACACUGAUGACAUCAUCUAUUAGUGACGGUGACACUGAUGACAUCUAUUAGUGAUGGUGACACUGAUGACGUCAUCUAUUAGUGACGGUGACACUGAUGAUGUCAUCUAUUAGUGACGGUGACACUGAUGACAUCAUCUACUAGUGACGGUGACACUGAUGACAUCAUCUACUAGUGACGGUGACACUGAUGACGUCAUCUAAUAGUGACGGUGACACUGAUGACAUCAUCUACUAGUGAUGGUGACACUGAUGACAUCUAUUAGUGACGGUGACACUCAUGACAUCAUCUAAUAGGAAUGGUGACACCGAUGACAUCAUCUACUAGUGAUGGUGACACAGAUGACAUCUAAUAGUGACAGUGACACCGAUGACGUCAUCUACUAGUGAUGGUGACACUGAUGACAUCUAUUAGUGACGGUGACACUCAUGACAUCAUCUAAUAGGAAUGGUGACACCGAUGACAUCAUCCACUAGUGAUGGUGACACAGAUGACAUCUAAUAGUGACAGUGACACCGAUGACGUCAUCUACUAGUGAUGGUGACACAGAUGACGUCAUCUACUAGUGAUGGUGGCACCGAUGGCAUCUAAUAGUGACGGUGACACCGAUGACGUCAUCUACUACUGAUGGUGACACUGAUGACGUAAUCUAUUAGUGAUGGUGACACUGAUGACAUCAUCUAUUAGUGACGGUGACACUGAUGACACCAUCUAAUAGUGAUGGUGACACUGAUGACGUAAUCUAUUAGUGAUGGUGACAACGAUGACGUCAUCUACUAGUGAUGGUGACACAGAUGACGUCAUCUACUAGUGAUGGUGGCACCGAUGACGUCAUCUACUAGUGAUGGUGGCACUGAUGACGUCAUUCACUAGUGAUGGUGACACAGAUGACGUCAUCGGUUUCACCAUCACCAGUGGAUGACGUCAUCGACUAGUGACGGUAACACCGAUGACCUCAUCGACCAGUGAUGGUGACACCGAUGACGUCAUCUACAAGUGAAGGUGACACCGAUGACAUCAUCUACUAGUGAUGGUGACAACGAUGACGUCAUCUACUAGUGAUGGUGACACAGAUGACGUCAUCUACAAGUGAAGGUGGCACCGAUGACGUCAUCUACUAGUGAUGGUGACACCGAUGACGUCAUCUACUAGUGAUGGUGACACUGAUUACAUCAUCUGUUAGUGAUGAUGGCAUCAUGUGCUAGUGACCUGAUCUGCUUGUGACAGUGACCUCAUCUGCUAGUGAUGAUGACCUCAUCAUCAUCCUGCUAGUGAUGGUGACCUCAUCUGCAAGUGACGAUUACAUCAUCUGCUAGUGACAACAUCAUGACCUAAUCUGCUAGUGUCAGUGACCUCAAUUGCUAGGGAUGAUGACCUCAUCUGCUAGUGAUGAUGACAUCAUCUGCGAGUGACGGUGACCUCAUCUGCUAGUGAUGAUGAUAUCAUCCUGUUAGUGAUAUUGACAUCAUCCUGCUAGUGAUGAUGACAUCAUCUGCUAGUUAUGAUGACAUCAUCUGCGAGUGACUGUGACCUCAUCUGCUAGUGAUGAUGAUAUCAUCCUGUUAGUGAUAUUGACAUCAUCCUGCUAGUGAGGACAUCAUCUGCUAGUGGCGAUGACCUCAUCUGCUAAUGACGGUGACCUCAUCUGCUAGUGCUGAUGACAUCAUCUGAUUGUGACAUCAUCUGCUAGUGAUGAUGACAUCAUCCUGCUGCCGUACUUGAAUGACCAAACUCAACAUUUGUGUUCACUACUGAAGUAAAAAAAACAAAAAAAAAAACGCUCCAAAGACAUUCAGUGGACAACUUUGAAUACUGUGAAGUCCAGCAGGACACCCAAGAUGGCGGCAACUGGUCUGGCCCCGCCUCCUCCCCGUCAGUCAAGUAGACUUCCUCACCAAACUUUCCGCUGUCGUAAAGGGGACCAAAAUCUCGCAUCGGGACCACUUUUUAGCGAACCGAACACUGCAUAAAGGGGCGGAGCUAGCCACCGUGCGGUGUGUGUGUCGAUUGGUGGACAGAACGAUCACUUCCUGUCAUAACAGUUUCUUUCCUGCCGUCCUUUGAUGUGAGCAAAGUGCAAUACAGAUUUCACAAUAAAAGUUGUUUCUUACGA